CUGAGCAGUGGGAGGGAUGGCAGGCGGGGCUGGGCUGUGCCGGGCCGGGCUGUUGUGAGCCGUGCCGCUCUGUUCUGAGCCGUACCGUGGCGGGGCCAUGGCGGGGAUGGCGGAGGCGCUGGCCAAGGAGCGGGCGGUGCUGGCGGGCGCGGGGCGGCACGACCGCGCCGUGCCCUACCUGGGGCAGCAUUUCGGGGCGCUGCGCCAGGAGUGCCUGCAGCAGGGACAGCUCUUCCAGGACCCCUCCUUCCCCGCCGGCCCCGCUGCCCUCGGGUACCGGGAGCUGGGGCCCCGCUCGCACAAGACUCAGGGCGUCGUCUGGCGCAGACCCACGGAGCUGUGUUCCAACCCCCAGUUCAUCGCCGGCGGAGCCACUCGCACCGACAUCUGCCAAGGGGCCUUAGGGGACUGUUGGCUCUUGGCUGCCAUUGCUUCUCUCACCCUGAACGAAGAAAUUCUGGCCCGUGUUGUUCCCAAAGACCAGAGCUUCCAGGAUAAAUACGCAGGAAUUUUCCACUUCCAGUUCUGGCAGUAUGGCGAGUGGGUGGACGUGGUGGUGGACGACAGGCUGCCCACCAAGAGCGGGGAGCUGCUCUUCGUGCACUCGGCGGAGGGCGGCGAGUUCUGGAGCGCGCUGCUGGAGAAAGCCUACGCCAAGCUGAACGGGUCAUAUGAGUCUCUCUCUGGUGGCAGCACCACCGAAGGCUUCGAGGACUUCACUGGUGGCAUUGCAGAAUGGUAUGAGCUGCAGAAGCCACCCCCCAACCUCUUCAAAAUCAUCCAGAAGGCUCUCCAGAAGGGCUCUCUCCUUGGCUGCUCCAUUGAUAUCAGCAGUGCUGCAGAAACAGAAGCAGUCACCUCCCAGAAGCUGGUGAAGGGACACGCGUACUCGGUCACCGGGGCAGAGGAGGUGAGCUUCAGAGGAACAGCGCAGAAGCUGAUCAGAAUUCGAAAUCCCUGGGGAGAAGUGGAGUGGACUGGGAAAUGGAAUGACAACUGCCCAAACUGGAGUGGAGUUGACCCUGAGGUGCGGGAGAGACUGACCAGGAGACAUGAAGAUGGGGAAUUUUGGAUGGCGUUCCACGACUUCCUGAGGCACUACUCCCGCCUGGAGAUCUGCAACCUGACUCCAGACACCCUGGCCAGUGACAGCUACAAGAAGUGGAGCCUGCUGAAGCUGGAUGGGAGCUGGAGGCGAGGAGCCACUGCAGGGGGCUGCAGGAACUACCCAAACACUUUCUGGACAAACCCACAGUAUUUGAUCAGGCUGGAGGAGGAGGACGAGGACCCUGAUGAUCCCGAGGGGGGCUGCACUUUCCUCAUUGGGCUGAUCCAGAAGCACCGUCGGAAGCAGAGGAGGAUGGGGGAGGACAUGCACACCAUCGGCUUUGCCAUUUAUGAGGUGCCCCCAGAGUUUUCUGGCCAGACAAAUAUCCAUCUGAGCAAAAACUUCUUCCUGACCAACAAAGCCAGGGAAAAAUCCAACACCUUCAUCAACCUCCGGGAGGUGCUGAACCGGUUCAAGCUCCCUGCAGGAGAAUACAUCAUUGUGCCCUCCACCUUUGAACCCAACAAGAAUGGGGAUUUCUGCCUGAGAGUCUUCUCUGAAAAAAAUGCAAACUCCACGGUGAUAGAUGAUGAAAUUGAAGGCAAUUUUGAUGAGACUGAGGUCAGUGAAGAUGACAUCGAACCCAGCUUUAAGAAGCUUUUUGGGCAGCUGGCAGGAAAUGAUGCAGAGAUCUCCGCCUUCGAACUGCGCAGCAUCUUGAAUAAAAUCCUGGCUAAACGCCAAGAUAUUAAAAGUGAUGGCUUUAGUAUUGAGACAUGCAAAAUAAUGGUUGACCUGUUGGAUAAUGAUGGGAGUGGCAAACUGGGACUUAAGGAAUUCCACACCCUCUGGACAAAGAUUCAGAAAUACCAGAAAAUUUACAGAGAAAUUGAUGUGGAUCGAUCGGGUACCAUGAACUCUUAUGAGAUGAGGAGGGCUCUGGAAACAGCAGGGUUCAAACUGAACUGCCAGUUACACCAGGUCAUCGUGGCUCGUUUUGCUGACGAGGAUCUCAUCGUUGACUUUGAUAACUUCGUGCGGUGUUUGAUUCGGCUCGAGGCCUUGUUCAAAAUGUUUAGAAAACUGGAUACUGAGAAAAGUGGGACAAUAGAAUUGAACCUUGUUAAUUGGCUGUGCUUGACUGUCAUUUGAGCCACCAGUGUCAGCCUGACACCUCAACAAGAGCAUGAUCAGGUGGAGAUAAUCAAGCUCCAUACAAGUAAUAUCCAAACAUGAAUGUGCCUUAACUUACAGAGCAAGCAGAUUUUGCAUGCAAUUGCAGGAAGAAAAGCAUUCUACUUCCACAGAAGAACCUGCAAGCUCAUUUUUUCUUCUUCUAACAGUCUGUGCCUACUAUCAUAUAGCCUCUGGACAAAGGCUUUAAUUUAGUAGCAAUUCUAAAUGCAAGUUUUGAGAAUACUGCUUUGCUAAUAUCUUUGUUUUUAAG